UUUAUUUUGGGUCUCCCGAAAAGAAGCCUAUGCUUCAAUUACUUCGGAGCGAAUAGAGAACAGGGGUCCUGAUUUUCGUGUCUACAACUUCUGUUGAUCAUAUUGGGGCGAAACAGAAAGUGGGUCAGAAGCCAGCAGAGUCGCCAUGUCUCUGGGCUACGCAGAGAAGCUUUCGUACAUAGAAGACGUAGGCAAAGUGGGAAUGACAGAACAUUUUGACCCACCUCACGUUUUAGAAGAAAAGCGUGAAGGUAAAGCCUUACCAGAAGCAUCACUGCCAUUUCAUCGUGCAAUGCCAAGCUUGACUCAUAUGUCUUUGGUUGAAUUAGAGAAGGCUGAUAUAUUGAAGUUCAUCAUUAGUCAGAAUAUUGAUGGCCUCCAUCUUCGAUCUGGUAUACCAAGAGAGAAACUUGCUGAAUUACAUGGGAACUCCUUCAUGGAAACUUGCCCAUCAUGUGGAGCCGAGUAUUUGAGGGAUUUCGAAGUAGAAACUAUUGGAUUGAAAGACACUUCACGGAGAUGUUCUGAUGCGAAUUGUGGAGCUAAACUAAGGGAUACAGUUCUCGACUGGGAGGAUGCAUUGCCUCCAAAGGAGAUGAAUCCAGCUGAAAGGCACUGCAAGAUGGCUGACGUUGUGUUAUGUCUAGGGACAAGUUUGCAGAUCACUCCAGCAUGCAACCUUCCUCUGAAAUCACUUCGUGGUGGGGGAAAGAUUAUAAUUGUGAAUCUUCAGAAAACACCGAAGGAUAAGAAAGCAAGUUUGGUUAUCCAUGGUCGUGUAGAUAAGGUCAUUGCUGGUGUAAUGGAGAUCCUAAAUCUGCAGAUUCCCCCAUUUGUUCGAAUCGAUCUUUUCCAGAUUAUACUUUCUCAAGGCUUGAGUCUUGAUAAGAAAUUUGUUAACUGGACCCUUCGAGUGCUAAGUGUACAUGGACAGAAAGCUCCAUUGCCAUUUAUCAAAUCUGUUGAGGUUUCGUUCCUGGAUAAUCAAGAUUUCAAAUCAGCUACUUUACAGAGCCAACCAUUUCUCCUUAAAAGGAGAACUGGAAAGGCAAAAUCAUUUGAGUUGGUUUUAAGGCUCAAUUUCAGCGAAGGUUGUGGUAGUUCGCAUGUUGAAAUUAAUAUCCCUGUUGAUUUUAAGGUCUCUGCAGAUUGUAUGAAUUUUGAUAAGGAGGUUGUAUUUCAGAAACUGACAGACGAGGCAGUUCAAGAUUCCUGCUGCGGAAAAAACGCAGUUAUUGAGCGAAAAGCUAUCUCGAUCCCAAGGAGUGAGGUUACUGUAUAUGCCAUUGUAACUAACAUUAUUAGGUAUGCCAAAAUCUCAAAAACAUUAGAAGUAGAUUCACUUACUAAUGGCGAUCUCAAACGACGAGGAAGUGUAAAUGGUUCUACAACAUCUAGGAAGCGGUCGAAACGACAGAAGCGCAAAUCUAGAUAUUAGUGUGCACACUGUACAUAUUUUGUUAUGUGUCGAAACACCGAAAAAGAAAUAUCACAAGGGGACUGGGUGGAUUUUGUUAGAUAUGACACUCGGUCUCGGAAAGUGACAUAGUUAGGACAGUUAUCGGUAGGCAUCAACUAACCGCUCAAAUUAAGACUUCGAAAUCCAUGUGGUACAUAGCUUUAUUGUGGAAGUGUAUUGGCUGGCUGCUGGUAGAUUAUGUUGAUAGCUUUUGGAACUACUGAUACCUCUGAGAUAGUACAUUUUGGGACUGUCGGAUAUUCAAAUGUUUUCGUUACUAAUUCAUGUAGUUAUUAUCGAAUGCUUUAUCAUUACAUGAUACCAAGAAAUUGAUAUGAAUCUCGGAGACAUCGGUAGACCCUCUCCCGAGAUGACUCGUGUUCGGUUUAUUUGGAUUGCUUAUGUAGGUUUGUUGCAGUGUUUUUGUGCCUGCAGGAGGGUUAAAACUGGAAGAAAACCAUGUGUUUCCCCUUCUUUCUGAAACAAGAGUGAUUAUUGCAGCUCACUCCUGGUCUUAUGUAGUGUAUCCCAUAUUUAAAGAUACAUUUUUAUGACUAAUUGAAUUAUAACAAA